CUUCACUCACUCACCAGUCUCUGCCGCGCGGGGGCCGCACCGACCCACCACUCCACACACGCACUCCGCUUCUCACAUCCAUUCAGCUCGAUUCCGCAUCGUUGUCCGAAGAUGACCGUGACUAUUACGGGGCCAUCCACGAGCCUAACCUCCACCAACCGCGGAGAGUAGAACCGGAGCAGAGGAGAGAGAGAGUAACCCACCUCUCUCGUCUCUCCCCAUCAUCUGCCUCAAUCCUCUGGACUGCAUACCGACAGCUGAAGACACAGCGAUUUCUGCUGAAAUCUAGCCCUCACCCACAAACACUCUUCUGCUUUUAGCUCUCAAGCCGCGUCUCGUCGGGGUAUUGUGGAAGUAAUUUCACACAAGGAUUUUUUUCUGAUCUGUAUUCACUUAAGAUGGAUAAUAUAAACGUGGAGUCGGUGGAGAAGGAGUGCGGGGCGCUUGGUGGAUUAUUCCAGGCGAUUGUCAACGAUAUGAAGUGUUCAUAUCCUGUCUGGGAAGACUUCAGUGCCAAGGCCACCAAGUUGCACUCUCAACUCCGAACCACGGUUUUAGCAGCAGUGGCAUUUCUGGAUGCCUUUCAGAAGGUGGCAGACAUGGCGACCAACACAAGAGGUGCCACCAGAGACAUCGGAUCAGCGCUGACCCGCAUGUGUAUGAGGCAUCGCAGCAUUGAGGCUAAACUACGCCAUUUUACUAAUGCUUUGAUGGAGAGCCUGAUCACUCCACUACAGGACCGUAUUGAAGACUGGAAGAAGACAGCCAAUCAACUAGACAAGGACCAUGCCAAAGAGUACAAACGGUCUCGUCAUGAAAUAAAGAAGAAAUCUUCAGACACCAUGAAAUUACAGAAGAAAGCCAGGAAAGAGCUACAGGGCCGGGGGGACUUUCAGCCACAGCUGGACAGUGCAAUGCAGGAUGUGAAUGACAUGUACCUGCUGAUGGAGGAGACGGAGAAACAGGCGGUGCGGCGUGCUUUAGUGGAGGAGAGAGGACGCUUUUGUACCUUCAUCAGCUUCCUGCAGCCUGUAGUGAAUGGAGAGAUUGCCAUGUUGGGAGAGAUCACUCAUCUCCAGGCCAUUAUUGAUGAUCUCACCGUGUUAACCUCAGACCCCCACAAACUGCCCCCAGCCAGUGAGCAGGUAAUAAAAGACCUUAAGGGUUCUGAUUACUCUUGGUCCUACCAGACUCCCCCCUCUUCUCCCAGCAGCUCCGGCUCCAGGAAAAGCAGCAUGUGCAGGAAGUGUCCAUUGACUAAGUCGUCAAGUUCAGCGUCCUCGGAAGCAUCUGAGACCUGCCAGUCAGUUAGUGAGUGUAGCUCUCCAACCACAGACUGGUCCAAGGUAGGUUCCAGUGAGCAGCCGCUGACCAGCACACUUCAGAGGAGGAAGGAGCCUCUGGAUAGGCUGUGGGAGGCAGAAACCUCUCCUCAGUCACAGGGGUAUACUGGGAUGCAUUCAGAAGACCCCCAGAGGCCAAGGAUGAACCCGGCCACUACAGCUGCCAAGCAUGGUGAGGAGGUUUCCCCAGCUGCUAGUGAUCUAGCUAUGGUCCUGACACGGGGCCUCAGCAUGGAGCAGCAGAAGAGCAGCCGAGACUCUCUUCAGUACUCUAGUGGAUACAGCACUCAGACAACCACCCCAUCCUGCUCUGAAGAUACCAUCCCCUCACAGGGCUCCGAUUACGAUGGUUACUCAGUGAACGGAGAUACUGAGGCCGACGGUCAGGCUGAAUUUGAUAAAUCCUCCACAAUUCCCCGUCACAGUAAUAUCGCCCAGAACUACCGCCGCAUGAUACAGACAAAGCGUCCCGCCAGCACAGCAGGCCUGCCCAGCGGAAUGGGUGCUCUGGGCGGACCACUCGGCGGAGGGGGCGGUAUUCCCGGUACGGCCACUAUUCGCCGAACGCCGUCUACGAAGCCCGGGGUGAGGCGCACCCUCUCCAACGCUGGCCCUAUUCCUAUACGCCCACCCAUCGUGCCAGUCAAGACCCCCACUGUGCCUGACUCACCCGGCGGGUACACUGGCCCUCCCGCCCAUGUGGGCAGUGAAGAAUGUGUCUUUUAUGUGCCGGAUGACGCCUCCCCGGGAGCGCUGGAGUAUGUGAAGGCCUCUCCGAAGCGGCUGAGCCUGCCUAACACAGCCUGGGGCUCAGGGGGCGUAGGCGGCUUAGAGAUGAGCGUCUACGGCCAACCGGGCGAAGAAGAUCACCUGCUGGCUGCCAAUCGCCACAGUCUGGUGGAGAAGAUUGGGGAGCUGGUGGCCAGCGCUCACGCAUUAGGUGAGGGCCAGUUCCCUUUCCCCUUGCUUCCAAAUCAGCCCCCGCCGGGCCCUGAGUCCCAACUCGAUCCCGAAGUGCCCCAGGAGGGCGAGGACAUGCUGAGGUCUAUUCGUCGAGGGGUGCGACUGCGCAAAUCCGUCUCCAAUGAUCGCUCAGCGCCCCGGAUUUUGUGAUGCCUCUUGGAGAGAUGGGAGAAUAUAAGCGAAGUAACCCAGAAAAAAAACUUCACAAUGACUCUUUAGAAAAUGAGAUAUGAAAAAGAGGAUAAAAAAAAUUUAAUGUUUAAAGUCAUUAUAGAAAAUAAUGAAUAACAGUAAUGAAAAAAAGUAAAUGAUAUGUAACUGCAGGCUCAGGCCACUAUAACUCUUAGCGUGUCUGAACGCAUGUUUGUCUUAUUAACACACCCAUCACCACGGGAUAGUUGAACAUUAGUGAGACAAUUAACUACUGACAGAAAAAGGGACCAGGAUGUCCGCAUGGUCCCUGUAGAAUAACGGCCCUCCCCAAAUUAUGGACCCCAGGAAUCAGUGCUGGAGAAGCUCACGGGGUACGCAGGGGCUCGUCACAAAUCCUUGAACUCCACAACGCUCUCUCUAACCCCGCCCUCACCUCCAGUAAAAUUGACAUCCCAUCCUGAAAGUCUUGUGGUAUCGCUGUUGUGUGUUGGUCUGCAGUCUGGAGGUGAGCAGGGCUCUGCUGCAGGUCAGCUCGUGGGUGCGUAGAGGGACAGGAUUUAUCUUUUGUUUGUACACUUCCGUUGUCUUGUUCGUUUUAUUUACAAGCAGUUAAUCACCUCCUAGCUCCUAAGAGUAGGAAACGUUCAUGUCAGGUAUUUGAAUUUUUGUAGAUUUAGGGUGAAAAACCACCAUGAUAAUGUGGAGCAAUAAUGCUUUUUUCCCUUUUUUUUUCUUUGAUGGGGGAAGCUUUCGAAGAUCAGCUUUUAAUAAAGUUGUGCGUUUUUGAUGUUCAGGUAUCUUUGGGAAAGCAGAUGCUUUCGAAGACUUCUUGUUGAGUCUAAUUAUGGCUUAUUUAAAAAGAAAAUGAGAAAUAGAAAGGAUGCAGAGCACUUUUAAGGCAUAGUUUUGACCACUAGCUGUCACUGUGGCCACACUGUGUGUGGUGAAUGCUGUGAGACGCCGCGGUCACGUGCCCUGGUACAUAGGAAGAUGAAUGCGUGUAGCAAUGUUAUGAUAUAGGAAAAAAAAGAGAGAUGGGAUGUGAAGCAGAGAUGGACGUAAGAAGAAUGAUUUGGCAACACUUUGCAGUAGGAUCAAUUUGUUAACAGUAUUAAUUAAUGUAUUAGGUAUCACAAACUAACAAACAGAAUUUAUUCGUCUAGAUUAAUAUUCAUUUCUACUUAUUCUUGUGCAUUUUUUAUAUAAAUUAGCAUCGGCUAAUGUAUUAUGAACAAACAAUA